UUGGAAGGGAGGAGGCGGCCGGAGUGGAGCGGAGCGGAUCCCCUCGGGUCUGAGGGCGGUAAUUUAUUUACCUCAGCUUUUGCUUCCAGAUUACUUGCGAUGUUAGCCUGAAAUUACAACGUGGACGCCGGUUUCCUUCGUGAUGAACGCGAAUAAACCGUUUCGUAUUGAUCUGCGGGACUGACGUGUGUCACCGGCUGAGAGUGAAUCAUCUUUAGCCUGGCUAACGUUAACGCUACAGCGGGGAUGCGUCGCCACUGAACCGGAGGCCUAAAACUACAUUUUGUUAUUAACCGUUUGACUCUCAACACAUCAACUUUCUCCCGCACGAUGGAGGAAAUCCUACGGAAGCUCCAGAAAGAAGCCUCCGGGAACAAAUACAAAGCUAUUCGGGAUGCCUGCACCUCAGCUUGUGAAACCCUAGAGGCUCAAAAUGGGCCGGUGAAGACCUCAGCGGCAAAGCUCAGGGAGAGAUGCCUCUUCCCACUUCGGCUGGCUCUGGAGUCCAAAAACCCCAAGUUGGCCCAAACGGCUCUCGUGGGAAUGCAGAAGAUACUUUGUGAAGAUCACUUUGUUGCCGCGGAAACAGAAGCGCCGGAGAAGCAGCUGCUGAGUCAGAUGCUGAAGGCCAUCAGUGUGACGCCAACCCUCCAUGAAGACCUACAGGUUGAAGUGAUGAAGGUCUUGCUCUGCAUCACCUACUCCUCCUCCUUUGAGAUCAAUGGCAAGAACAUCUUGAAGAUUGCGGAGGUGUGUGUCGAGACGUACAUAUCGAGUUGUCAUCAGCGCAGCAUCAACACCGCAGUGAGGGCCACCCUCAGUCAGAUACUCGGAGACCUCACUCUGCAGCUCCACAGGCAGGAGGGCUUGGGGGCAGAUGGAGUGGAGAUUUCUGUGCCUGCAUCCCAGCGAAAAGACAUCUCUCCCACCACUGCUGCGCUGUAUGAGGACGUGGUAACUGUUCUCACUGUGUUCUGUGAGAAACUGGAGUCAGUUUCAAGUGAGAAUCAGCUGCUGCAGCUGCUGUAUCUGGAGUGCAUUCUGGCUAUGCUCAGCAGCUGCCCUCCCACAAUGCACCUGCACCGCAACUUCACGGACCUCGUCUGGAAACAGCUGUGUCCAACCCUGGUGGUGAUCAUGGGGAACCCUGUCAAUGAUAAAACAAUCACCUCUGCUCAUGGAGGGGCAUCCCAAGAGUCCGACCCCGCUUGUGGUGCGGGGGUGACUGACCAGGGCCGGGGGUCUGGCUGCUCCUCUAGUGCCCCUGCCAUGAUCGGACCGGUGGUCCGCACCAUCUGCUACAUCGCAGCGGAGCUGGUCCGGCUGGUAGGCUGUGUGGAGUCCAUGAAGCCUGUGCUGCAGUCUCUAUACCACCGCAUCCUGCUCUACCCACCCCCCCAGCACAGAGUGGAGGCUAUCAAGAUCAUGAAGGAGAUCCUUGGAAGCCCUCAGCGUUUGUUUGACCUGGCUGGUCCGUGUGUCCUCGAGCCUGAGACCAGGAAGAGAUCCUUCUCCAAGAGAAAGUCUCAUCUCGACCUCCUUAAACUAGUGAUGGAUGGCAUGACGGAGGCUUGUGUGAAGGGCGGUAUUGAGGCCUGCUACUCCUCUGUUUCCUGUGCCUGCGCCUUACUGGGCGCUCUGGACGAGCUCAGCCAGGGGCGGGGCCUGCAGCCCGACCAGGCGCAGCUUCUGCUGAGGCGGCUGGACGAUUUGAAGGAAGGGGUGGAGUCUGCGCGGGAGUCUGUGGAGCUGAACGAGGCUGACUUCCGCUGGCAGCGGCGCGUGCUGUCCUCUGAGAACGCGCCAUGGGAGCCGGGCAUUCCCGAGCGCAGCCCUGACAUCAGCAUCAGCGUCACCACAGAGACGGGACAGACAACGAUGGAGGGGGAGCCGAGCCAGACCACCCCAGAGGAAUGCGGGGAGGAGCCACGGCUGCCAUCGCCCUCCUCUGGGAGGGGAGCGGCGAUGGCGGGGGCCGCUCCAGACCUGCCGUCGUGCGCGCGGGAAAGUGGUGGCCAUGAGGCUCCGCCCUCCAGUGCUGCCCCUCCUGACGUGGUGCAGCGCAGCCAUGGCCUGGCCUACCCGGACAUCACCAACUUCCUGUCGGUGGAGUCCCGGGCCCGUUCUCACGGCUCGCGCUACAGCGAGAGCAACUUCAGCAUGGACGAGCAGGAGCUGUCGCGCACCGAGUUCGACUCGUGCGAUCAGUACUCCAUGGCUGCCGAGAAAGACUCUGGACGCUCCGACGUCUCGGACAUGGGCUCGGACAACUGCUCGCUGGCCGACGAGGAGCAGACGCCGCGCGACUGCCCGGGCCACCGUUCUCUGCGGACGGCUGCUCUCUCACUCAAGCUGCUGAAGAACCAGGAGGCGGACCAGCAGAGCGCACGGCUUUUCGUCCAGUCCCUGGCCGCCCUGCUUCCACGUCUGCUGGCCCUACACAGCUCCGCCGAUGUGGACGUCACCCUCCAGAACUUCUCUUCCACCUUCUGCACUGGCUUGCAAGCAGGGGGUAUCUGCUCUCCUGGCUUUGAGGGCAGUGACAAUCUGAGUUGCCAGGCUUUGAUGAACGCUGAUGGACUUUACCUGGUGUCUUACUACGCCUUGCUUCUCAACCUCAAACUUUGCACUUGUGAUUACUACCACCGGAAGCCCACGCCAGCCCUUGUCACUCUGAAGGAGUUUGUGCGUCAGAUCCAGAGCAGCGGGGUGUUGGUGGUGCUCUCUCAGGCCUGGAUAGAGGAGCUGUACCACCAAGUGUUGGAGAGGAAUCUGCUGGGGGAGGCUGGCUACUGGGGCUCUCCUGAGAACCACUCUCUACCCCUCAUCACCAUGCUUACAGACAUUGAUGGUCUUGGCAGCAGUGCUAUCGGAGGUCAGCUGAUCAGAAGAGCCUCCACACAGUCGCCCUUCAACAGUGAUAAGAGCGGGAGUAACACCGUGAUAGCAGGUGUGGUCUUUGCCCGCUACAUCCUGACCGGCUGCUGGAAGAACCUGAUCGAUACGCUGUCCACGCCGCUGACCGGCCGCAUGGCAGGCAGUUCACGGGGGCUGGCCUUUAUCCUAGGUGCAGAAGGGGUGAAGGUCCAGAACCAGAGAGAGAGAGACACCAUCUGCCUCAGCCUGGAUGGCCUGCGCAAGGCUGCUGCGCUCAGCUGCGCUCUGGGUGUGGCUGCCAACUGUGCUUCAGCUGUAGCCCAGAUGGCAGCGGCUUCCUGUGUGCAGGAGGAGAAGGAGGAGAGGGAUCCGGCUGAGGUUGGAGAUGCCAUUACUCAAGUUAAGCAGCGAAUGGAGCAGAAGCUGGAGCAGAUGGGUCGUUGUCAGGGAGUGAGGCUGCACACUGCUCACGUGCUCUGCAUGGACGCCAUCCUCAACGUGGGUUUGGAGAUGGGCAGCCAUAAUCACGACUGCUGGCCGCACGUCUUCAGGGUGAUCGAGUACGUGAGCUCGCUGGAGCACACUCACUUCAGCGACGGGACCUCGCAGCCUCCUCUGGCCAUCACUCAGGCGCAGCAGGCUGUUGCGGCGCUGGUGGACCCGGGCCUGGAGCUGAGCGCUGAGCCCGUCCCGGAGCUAGAGCUGAGCAUGGGGAACCCGGUCAUCCAGCCUGUUUCCAUCCAGGAGCUGCUGCGCGAGAGCAGCCACGCUAAAGGAUUCGACCUGCGGGGAGGCAGUCUGCUCACGGGCACCAACGCCGCCAAGGCCGUGUGCACACUGUCCACUCAGGCUGACCGACUGUUUGAAGAUGCUGUGAGCAAACUUAACCUGGUGGGUCUAGUGGGUUUCCUACACCAGCUGAGAAAAGCCUCCCAAUCACAGCUCUUCGACUCGGUCACAGAGACAGGAGACUACUCUUUAGCCAUGCCAGGAGAGGCGAAGUCCACUCAGGAGAAGCGUAGCGCUCUGCACCUCUUCAGGCUGGGUGAGGCCAUGCUUCGCAUCGUGAGGAACAAGAGUAGACCCCUGCUACACAUGAUGAGAGCCUGGAGUGUAGUGGCUCCUCAUCUGGUGGAGGCCGCCUGUCAUAAAGAACGGCACGUUUCUCAGAAGGCUGUAUCUUUUAUCCACGAUGUGUUGCUGGAGGUGUUGAGCACCUGGGCGGAGCUGCCACACUUUCAUUUUAACGAGGCGCUGUUCCGGCCAUUUGAGCACAUUAUGCAGCUGGAGUUGUGCGAUGAGGAUGUUCAGGAUCAGGUUAUCACCUCCAUUGGGGAGCUGGUGGAGCUGUGCUCUCCUCAGAUUCAGUCUGGCUGGAGGCCUCUCUUCAGCGCACUCCGCACUGUGCACGGAAGCAAGAGUGACAUGAAGGACUAUCUGAUUGGAGAAUACUCUAUGGGCAAAUCCCAAGCACCUGUGUUUGACGUCUUUGAAGCCUUCAUUAAUACAGACAACAUUCAGGUGUUUGCCAACGCAGCGACUGACUACAUCAUGUGCCUUAUGAAGUUUGUGAAGGGGUUAGGAGAAGUGGAUUAUAAGGAGAUUGGGGAUUGUGUUCACAUGAAUGGAUACAGCUCUACAGACUUGUGCCUUCCUGCCCUGGAUUACCUGAGGAAGUGCUCACAGCUAUUAGCCAAAAUUUACAAGAUGCCUUCCAAGCCGGUGUUCCUCGGGGCGCGGCUGGCCAGUCUGCCCAUGAGAGCUCAGGAACGGUCUGUGAGCAGCGAAGAUGGCAUGGACUGUGUUCUAGCAGAGUUUGACGAUGACACAGGUCUGAUCCAGGUGUGGAUCCUCCUGUUGGAGCAGUUGACUGCAGCUGUAUCGAACUGCCCCCGGCAGCAUCAACCACCCACCCUGGAACUGCUGUUUGAGCUUCUCCGAGAGGUCACCAAGACGCCAGGCCCAGGCUUUGCCAUUUUCUCAGUCAUCCAGCUCCUCCUGCCAGUCAUGUCACUAUGGCUGCAGCGCAGCCACGGAGAUUACUCGUACUGGGACGUCGCUGCCGCAAACUUUAAGCAUGCCAUCGGCCUCUCCUGUGAGCUGGUAGUGGAGCACAUCCAAACCUUCAUACAUUCAGAUAUGGGCUAUGAAAGUCUCAUUAACCUGAUGCUAAAGGACCUGUUCAAGCUGUUGGUGUCCUGUGUGGCCGAGCCUGCAGAGACCAUCUCCAGAGUGGGAUGUUCCUGUAUCAGGUAUGUGUUGGUGACAGCAGGGCCUGUCUUUACUGAAGAGAUGUGGAGGCUAGCCUGCUGUGCUCUACAAGAUGCCUUUUCAGCCACCCUUGAACCUGUAAAGAACCUGCUAGCAUGUUUCCGGAGCGGUUCCGACACGUUCACGGGAGACGCGUGUGAAGUGAAAGUAGCGGCCCCCACCCACUCAGCUUCUGCAGAGGCCGAGUACUGGAGGAUCCGCGCCAUGGCCCAACAGGUCUUUAUGCUGGACACUCAGUGCUCUCCCAAAACUCCCAGCAGCAAAGAAGGGUUUGAGCACGCUCAGUCCUGUGUGCUCAUCAUUGAGCUUCCUGCAGACCAGCAGUCCAACGGCCACACUCAGAAGAGGAAAAUUGGCAUUCCAUUCAGGACAAUCGUGGUGAGUCUGCUGUCCCACCAAGUGCUGCUGCAGAACCUCUAUGACAUCCUGCUGGAGGAGUUUGUGAAGGGCUCCGGGGGCGCUGAAUCCCAGGAUCGGGUCACACCGGUCUCGGAGCCCAAAUCUGCCGGCUUCCUGCGUUACAUAUCCAUGCAGAACCUGGCCAUCAUCUUUGACCUGCUGCUGGACUCGUACCGCACAGCGCGAGACUUUGACACGCGGCCCGGCCUCAAGUAUCUCCUUAUGAAGGUGUCGGGGGUGUGCGGGGCUGCUAACCUCUAUCGGCAGUCCACCAUGAGCUUCAACAUUUACUUCCAGGCUCUGCUCUGUGCCAUGCUGACCAACCAGGAGAACAUCACUGUGGACCAGGUGAAGAAGAUCCUCAGCGAGGAAGAGGAGGGCAGCUCAGACUCCUCGCAGCAGUGCUCGUCCGAAGACGAGGACAUCUUCGAGGAGACAGCGCAGGUGAGCCCACCGCGCGGACGGGAGAAGCGGCAGUGGCGCACACGAGUCCCGUCUCUGAGCACCCAGCCUGUCAGCAGCGUGGACUGGGCCUGGUUGGUCAAGCGCCUGCACAAGCUCUGCAUGGACCUCUGCAACAACUACAUCCAAAUGCAUCUGGACCUGGAGAGCAGCGCUGAGGAGCAGCCUCCGCUCCGGCCCCCCGACGCCGUCUUUUUCCUGCCCCUCUUCCCCUCCGAGACCUCCACGCCUUCCACGGGGGGGCACUCGGGACGCGGGACGCCGUCGGAGGACGGCUUCCGCCUCCACCUGGCUGACACGCCCUCGGAGGAGGCGCACAGCCCCGGUGUUGCCGGGACCAGCCUGCCCCAGCUGAGAGGCGACAGGAGGGGGGCCGAGGCUGGGCGUAAGAAAGAGUGGUGGGAGAGCGCCGGUAACAAGCUGUACACCAUCGCCACCGACAAAACCAUCACCAAACUGAUGAUCGAGUACAAGAAGCGCAAGCAGCAGCACAACCAUGCCGCGUUCAUCAAAGAGGUAAAGGUGGGUGAAAAGAGGGCUGAGGCGGUGACGAUCAGAGGGCCGGACUCUCCGGGGCCCCAGAGGCCCCAGCAGCUGGUGGAACAGGGGCCCAUGCGGCACUCGUUCAGUGCAGGACCAGAGCUGCUGCGGCAGGACAAGAGACCCCGCUCAGGCUCCACAGCCAGCUCCCAUAACAUCUCCCUGAGAGACUCAGAGGCGCAGAUACAAGCAUGGACCAACAUGGUCCUCACCAUCCUGAACCAAAUUCAGCUGUUGCCGGACCCCACAUUCAUCGCCCUCCAGCCGGCCGUGUUCCCAUGCAUCAGCCAGCUGACCUGUCAUGUGACUGACCUCAGAGUGCGGCAGGCGGUGCGCGAAUGGCUGGGACGCGUAGGUCGAGUUUACGACAUCAUCCUGUGAGGAGCUUGCGUCGUUUUUUUUUUAUUUUGUCGUUGUCGCUGUUGUGAAUCGGCUUCGUCCACAGACCCAUUUGAUUGUAAUUUAUUUCCUGCUUUGGGAUGUAGCGCUGACUGGGCUAUGAAGGAUUUCCUCUGUUUAAUUUAUGAACUUAUUUAUUGUUGUACUCUGUGGUCUCCGUAGAACAUAUUUAUGUGAAUGCUUUGCAAAUCCUAUGCUAUUAUACUGAGAAUCUAUAUUUUGUUUAUUUAAGCAAUACCCCUCAUGUGGUAUUGAGUACAAGGACUUAUGAAAUUUACUUUAUCAAUAUUACAUUAUCUAUCAGCUUUAAUAUUUAUUCCCAGCGAAUCAACGUAGGGAAGAAGGUUGACUUUAUGCACUUUCGUUGACGUCGUAAUCUUUAUGUAAUGGAAAACACUGUUAUUUCAGUGCUGUGGUUCAUUUGCAACUUUCACAUGACAUAAUUUAAUGACCUGCCUCUGCCAGGUCUUAAAAUAUAUACAAUAUUUUAAUUCUUAAAAAAAUUUACAUAUUGUUGAUGGCGCAAGAAAAUCUCUCAGACUUUCCAGGUAAGACCUUGAGUUUGCAUGGUGUGUUUAAGGCUGCGUUCACAUUAGCAGGCUGAAGUGGCACAAAUCUGAUUUUUUGUGACUCAGAUCUCAUUUUUUCAGGCCUGUGUGACACGCAAAUCUGAUCUUUUCAAAUCUGACCUGAGCCACUUUCAUAUG